AUGGCUGAGAAUAACAAACAAACGGCCCUCAGUCCCCGGCAGAUCUUAAAUGAUCAGAGGGAGAUGCAAAGGUUAGAUCUAAGCAUCCUAGGAAUCAGUGACACUAGAUGGCCGAAUUCUGGACAACAAUCAAUAGCCAACGGCACCAUUUAUUACUCAGGAAGUGAUGACACCCACCAUAGAUAUGGAGUUGCGAUCGUGGUAUCCAGAGAAAUCAAUAAAUCAGUAAUAAACUUUACCCCUAUAUCAGACCGUGCCAUGUUACUCCAACUUCAAACGUAUCAUUAUAAAUUAAACAUAAUUCCAACGUACGCCCCGACAGCAGAUAAAUCUGACGAAGACAUUGAGGAAUUCUACAACGAGAUUAAUAACAUCAUACAAUCUCUAAAAUCAAGGGACAUAACACUAGUAUUAGGAGACUUCAAUGCCAAGAUUGGCAGAGGUAGAUUUGACAAAUAUGUGGGAGAAUAUGGACUUGGUAGGAGAAACGAAAGAGGUGAUAGACUGCUGCAAUUUUGCCAAGAAAACGAUUUUAUUAUAUCGAAUACGUUCCUCAAACUUCCAAACUGCCGUUUGUACACCUGGAAAUCUCCGCAAGACAACAAACAAAAUAUAGUCAGGAACCAAAUUGACUACAUCUUGAUAGACCACAGAUAUAGGAAUGUAAUCAAAUCAGUUAAAACCUACCCAGGGGCAGAUGUCUCAUCGGACCAUAAUCCACUAAUAGCCCGGUUUUUAAUAACACUUAAAAAACAACGAGUAAUACCAACAACAAAUUGUAUAGACGUAUCGGGUCUAAAAAUCCAAGAAACAAGACAAAGGCUACAAAAUAAGAUCAACGACAACCUCAGAACCCUCAAAAACAAUCAAAUAACAGCGGAAGAAAACACGGACAAACAAUGGAAAGAUUUAAAAAAUGCAUUAAUUGAGCCGAGCAAGACCAUUCUGACAAAACAGAAAAUAGGGAAAAAACAGGAAUGGAUGACUCCAGAAAUUUUGAAUUUGAUGAACGAACGACGUGGUGUAAAAGACAACAACGAAGCAUAUAAGAAUAUUCAGAAAGAAAUCCGAUCACGGAUAAGAGAAGCAAAGGAGGUAUUCUCCAAAAGAAAAUGCGACGAAAUAGAAGCCCUUCAAGAAAAGCACGACAGCUUCAAUGUCCACAAGAAAGUAAAAGAACUGGCAGGGUUACAGAAAAAAAGACAACCGUCAUUACUCACUGACCAGAAUGGCAAAAUUAUUAUGGAAAUGGAAGAAAAACUAAGAACAUGGAAGAAUUACAUAACAGAAUUAUUCGAUGAUGAGAGAGAUAUAAACAGAAUAGUAACAGAACAAGAAAAACACAAAAGAUGGAAAAGCUGCAGGGCGUGA